UAUAAAAAAAUAAAAUAUCAUCUUGAGGCAGAGACAGAGAGAGCGUACAGAUAGAUCUAGUCUGUGACUGUAAGAGAAGAGGCUGGCUCCACGCACGUGUCCAAGUCUUCUCUCCGUUAAUUCCUCAAUUCUAAUUUUAACAUCAAAAUUUACACCUCCACUUUUUUGAAUUUGCUAUUUUUUAUUUUUCGUACCUUUUCUGUUAGUGCGGAUUUCUGGAUAUCAUUAUCAUCUUUUCCCUUUGAUUCAUAUCUCUGGUGGUUUCUGGAUAAUCUGGUUCCGUCCUUGUACUACUUUAGACUUUAUUGGCAUGGAGGACAGUAAAAUUGCUGACCAAAUGCCACCUCCAGAGUCUUCUUUAUCCCCCAUAGUUGAUAAUGAUGCUUCCACUGAAGCUCCAACAGCUCCAGUUACCAAUGGAAAAGCAUCUGAGUUGUCAAAUAUGGAGAGUUCCAAUUCCAAAUCAGAACCGGUACAUGAUGCUGCUGAUAACUCAGUUUUGGAACAAGAUCAAUUUCUUUCAACUGGCAAUUCCACAACUUCAACAGUUUCAGCUAAUCAAUUGGAGACAGAGUAUAGGGAUACAAUGAUGGAGGAUUCAAAAACUGAAGCCAUGCAUGACAACUCUGAUGGAAGCAAAUCCCAAGAUCCUGGCUCUGUUGGUGGUUCCCAUGAUCACUCUGUUGGUGGUUCCCAUGAUCAUACCGAGGAUAGAAAUAUACCCUCUUCUUCCUCUCCUCAGGUACUAGAUUCUAGAAGUGACCGACAGGUAGAGCCAUCCAAUAAUCUUGAUCUACCCCAUGCAAAGCUUGCCAGCAUUGCUGUGAGAGCCCCAACUAUGGUCAAUUCUCCUAAACAUGUUAUGGAUGCUCCCAGCCAUCUUGUGAAUUCUCCUAAGCAUGUUUAUAGUUCUCCUAAACAAUAUGUCAAUUCUCCUAGAUAUGGUAUCAGUUCUCCUACACUUGUUAAUCAGGCUGACAUGAAGAGAGGUCUUAUUGAUACAACCGCACCUUUUGAGUCUGUUAAAGAGGCUGUUUCCAAAUUUGGAGGAAUUGUUGAUUGGAAAGCCCAUAGAAUGCAAACUGUAGAGAGACGCAAGCUUGUAGAGCAGGAACUGGAUAAGGCACAAGAAGAGAUACCUGAGUAUAGGAAAAGGUCAGAGGCUGCUGAAGAGGAAAAGAGCCAAGUACUGAAAGAGCUUGACCACACGAAGAGACUAAUAGAAGAAUUGAAACUUAAUCUGGAGAGGGCACAAACUGAAGAGCAGCAAGCAAAACAAGACUCUGAGCUAGCCAAACUCAGGGUGGAAGAAAUGGAACAAGGGAUUGCUGAUGAUGCUAGUGUAGCAGCCAAGGCACAGUUUGAGGUUGCUCAAGCCAGGCAUACAGCUGCAGUUGCAGAGCUGAAAUCUGUAAAAGAAGAGUUGGAAUCACUGCGCAAGGAUUAUGCUGCUUUGGUGUCUGAGAAAGACAUAGCUGUAAAGAAUGCAGAAUCAGCAGUUUCUGCUUCCAGGGAAGUUGAAAAAACAAUGGAGGAGCUGACUAUUGAGCUGAUUGCAGCAAAGGAGUCCUUAGAGUCUGCACAUGCUGCCCAUCUGGAGGCCGAAGAGCAAAGAAUAGGAGCAGCAAUGGCCAGGGAUCAAGAUUCUCACUUUUGGGAGAAGGAAUUGAAGCAGGCAGAAGAGGAGCUCCAAAAACUUACCCAGCAAAUUCUUUCAGCGAAGGACCUCAAAUCGAAACUAGACACUGCUUCAGCCUUGCUACUUGAUUUGAAAGCUGAACUAGCAGCUUAUAUGGAAUCAAAAUUCAAAGAGGAAACUAACGAAGACGAACAUUCAAAUGGUGUAUUAGAGGAACCAGUGAGGAAAUCUCAUACUGACAUACAAGCAGCAGUUGCAUCAGCUAAGAAGGAACUUGAAGAAGUGAAACUAAACAUUGAGAAAGCCACUGCCGACGUGAAUUGCUUGAAGGUGGCAGCCAUAUCUUUAAAAUCAGAGCUUGAAAAAGAAAAAUCAGCUCUUGCCAACAUUAGGCAGAGAGAAGGAAUGGCAUCAGUAGCAGUUGCUUCUUUGGAAGCUGAGCUGGACAGGACCAAGUCAGAGAUAGCACUUGUUCAGAUGAAAGAGAAAGAAGUUCGGGAGAAGAUGGUGGAGCUUCCCAAGCAACUACAGAAAGCAGCACAAGAGGCAGACCAGGCAAAGUCACUUGCUCAGAUGGCUCGUGAAGAGCUGCACAAGGCAAAGGAAGAAGCUGAGCAGGCAAAGGCUGGAGCAAGUACCAUGGAGAGUAGGUUACUAGCUGCUCAAAAGGAGAUAGAGGCUGCCAAGGCUUCAGAAAAAUUAGCUUUAGCUGCCGUCAAAGCACUGCAAGAGAGUGAAACAACUCAGAGCACCGAUGAUGUGGAGUCACCUACUACUGGUGUUACACUUUCUUUAGAGGAGUAUUAUGAGCUCAGCAAGUGUGCCCAUGAUGCAGAGGAGCAGGCCAACAUGAGGGUGGCAGCUGCCAUCUCUCAAAUUGAGGUAGCAAAAGAGUCUGAAUUGAAAAGCUUGGAGAAGUUGGAAGAAGUGAAUAAGGAGAUGGCUGCAAGAAAAGAAGCUCUGAAAAUUGCAAUGGACAAGGCUGAGAAGGCCAAGGAAGGGAAGUUGGGUAUUGAACAGGAGUUGAGAAAGUGGAGGUCUGAGCAUGAGCAACGAAGAAAAGCCGCUGAAUCUGGUCAAGGAAUAAACCCCAAUAAAAGCCCAAGGCCUAGUUUUGAGGGGAGGAAAGAAUCAAAGAACUAUGACCGCAUGGCAGAUGCUUCUGUUAAUCAUAUAUCAAACUCAAAGGCAUAUGUGCAUGGAAGUUCAUUUACGCAUGAAAGUAACACUGAAAAUGAUUCAUCUCCAGAAACAAAGAUUCCUAAGAAAAAGAAAAGGUCACUGUUCCCACGUCUUUUUAUGUUUUUGGCCAGAAGAAGGUCACAUGCAUCUAAGGCGUCAAAUGUUUCAUGAGCAGUAUGUGAAAAUUUUCUGUUGUGACUUUUCCUGUUUUCUGGGGAUUUUUUUUCUCUCUCUUUCACAAUGACCAUGUAAACUAGAUAUACUUGAGAAUAUUUUACUCGAAUGUAAAUGCUGGGGAUUGUUGUAA